AUGGAGUUUCAAGUGAGGUCUCCAAGGGGUGAGUUUGUUGUUGAUUUACUACAGAGAACGUGUGCUUGUGGGAGGUGGCAGCUUUCGGGUAUACCGUGCUCACAUGCAAUAAGCUGCAUCUUGCAUAACAAGGACAAACCAGAAAAUUACGUGGAUUCUUGCUAUCAUAUGGACACAUAUAUGAUGUCUUAUGCCUAUCCAAUACAUGCCCACAAUGAUGCUAACCAGUGGCCAAAGAGCACCAUGCCUCCUCUACAAGCACCUAAGUUUGAUCGACGCAAAAGGGGUCGAAGACAAACUAAGAGGAGGAAAGAAGCGUGGGAGCUGGAGGUUCAAAGGAAAGAUAAGCAAGGUAUACCUAUAGUGGCACUGAGCAAAGAAGGUGGAAAACAACAUUGUUCUGUGUGUGGGAAAAAUGGGCACAACAAGAGGUUCCACACAACCCGAUCAGAUUCAACCACCGCCAAUGAUACUUUAGUCGAACCAACUGGAAAUAGGAAGGUACACUUCUUUGUUCACUUUCUUGUCCGACCAGAAUAUUAG